ACGCGCGCCCCGUCAGUGGAACCAGUCCGCUCGGCUCGCGCUCAGCUUGAGAUCCGUCCGGAGCAACAUGCAGGAUGACGAGCGUGGAGACAGCCGCCGAGCACGAGCGCAUCCUGCGCGAGAUCGAGAGCACCGACACCAGCUGCAUCGGGCCGACCCUCCGGUCGGUGUAUGACGGUCACGAGCAUGGCCCCUUCAUGGAGAAGCUGGACGUGCGGAUCCGUAACCACGACCGCGAGAUCGAGAAGAUGUGCAACCAUCACUUCCAGGGCUUCGUGGACUCCAUCACGGAGCUGCUCAAAGUACGAGGGGAGGCGCAGAAGCUGAAGAGCCAGGUGACUGAGACCAACAGGCAUCUCCAGGAUGACGGCAAAGAGCUCAUUGGCUCCAUGGAGGAGCUGCAGAAGUGCCGAGUGCAGCAGAGGAACAUGGCCUCCACCAUAGACAAGCUGUCGCACUGCUUACCGGUGCUGGAGAUGUACAGCAGACUUCAGGAGCAGAUGAGGGCCAAAAGGUACUACCCGGCGCUGCGGACGCUGGAGCAGCUGGAGCACACGUGUCUGCCCCGAGCCGGUCAGUACCGGUUCUGCUCCAUCAUGGCGGAGAACAGCCCCAAGCUGAGGACGCAGAUCCGGGACACGGCCAUGACGCAGCUCCGAGACUUCCUGGAGAGCAUCCGCAAACACUCGGACAAGAUCGGAGAGACCGCCAUCCGACAGGCUCAGCUGCAGCGCUCGUUGGACAGCUCCGUGUCCUCGCAGCCCAGGGCCCCGAUUGGCCUACGCAGCAGGAAGGAGGCGGUGGUGGAAGGGGCGGGGCCAGACAGCGGCGAGCAGGACGGCGGUCCGCUGUCGGAAGAGGACUCUGGCGUUCUGGAUGUUGGGGACGAAGAGGAGGAAGACGAAGUCCCGGGAGCUCAGGACUUGGUGGAUUUCUCCCCGGUUUACUGCUGUCUGCACAUCUACACUGUACUGGGUUUGCGUGAUGUGUUUGAGAACUACUACAGAAAGCAGAGGAGGAAACAAGCUCGCCUCGUGCUGCAGCCCCACUCUAACAUGCAUGAGACUCUGGAGGGGUACCAGCGCUACUUCAAUCAGAUUGUGGGCUUCUUCGUGGUGGAGGACCACGUCCUUCACACCACCCAGGGGUUGGUCAACCGGGCCUAUGUGGAGGAGCUCUGGGAGUUGGCGCUGUCCAAACUCAUCGCCGCCCUGCGGACGCACUGCUCGUACUGUGACAACCCCGACCUGGUGCUGGACCUCAAGAACCUCAUCGUGCUGUUCGCCGAUACGCUGCAGGGCUUCGGCUUCCUGGUGUCGCAGCUGUUCGACAUGCUGCUGGAGAUGCGGGAGCAGUACGGAGAGAUCCUGCUCAAGAGGUGGAACGCCACCUUCAGGCAGGUGUUGGACCAGGACAACUUCAGCCCCAUCCCGGUCUCCACAGAAGACGAGUACAAGCACUACACCUCCCAGUUCCCCAUGCAGGACCCCGACCUGGACAAGCUCCCGUUCCCCAAGAAGCUUCCCUUCUCCGAGUUUGUGCCAAAAGUUUACUGCCAGCUCAAAGAGUUCAUCUACGCCUGCCUGAAAUACUCUGAGGACCUCCACCUCAGCUCCACGGAGGUCGAUGAUAUGAUCCGCAAGUCCACCAAUCUGCUGCUGACCAGAACCCUCAGCCACUGUCUGCAGUACGCCAUUAAGAAGAAGAAUGUGGGGCUGGCAGAGUUGGUGCAGGUGAUCAUAAACACCACCCACCUGGAGCUGAGCUGCCACUUCCUGGAGGAGUUCAUCUCCAACAUCACCAACGUGCCGCCCGACUCGGCCAACGCCACCAAACUGUACGGGACCUCCACCUUCAAGGACGCUCGCCACGCGGCCGAGUCUGAGAUCUACACCAACAUCAACGCCAAGAUCGAUCAGUUCCUGCAGCUGGCGGAUUACGAUUGGAUGGCGCCGGUGCCGGGAGGCGGGACUCCGGAGGCCAGCGACUACCUGCUUGACCUGAUCGCUUUCCUGAAGAGCACCUUCAGCGUGUUCACCAACCUGCCCGGAACGCCGGUAGAACACGCUACCUUACCGGGUAAAGUGGCCCAGACGGCCUGCAUGUCGGCCUGUAAACACAUCUCCACCUCCCUGACGCAGCUCCUGCUCGACCCCGAGGUCAGGCAGAUCUCGUUGGGCGCUCUGCACCAGCUCAACGCCGACGUCCAGGAGUGCGAGGGUUUUGCCAGAGCCGGCCCGGUCGCAGGCUUCCAGGGUGACACGUUGCUUCUGGCCUUCAGUGACUUGAGACAAUUGCUGGAGCUCUUCACGCUCUGGGAUUGGUCGACCUACCUGGCUGAUUACGGCAAACCAAGCAGCAAAUACCUGAGAGUGAACCCCAACACGGCCCUGACCCUGCUGGAGAAGAUGAAGGAGACGAGCCGGAAGAUCAACGUCUUCGCCCAGUUCAGGAAGACGGACCGCGACCGGCAGAAACUCAUCGACGCCAUCGUCAAGCAGCUCCGCGGCCUCGUCGCCCAGCACCACGCCUAGAGCGAGCCGCCCGAUUGGCCGAGGGGCCGGAGGUGACACCGGAGGACACGGGUCGAGCGCCUUGGACCUCCUCGUCCCCCGUGGACGAGUUCCUCAGACUCCACCGGAGGGAGUGAGGGAACGCUACCGAGUAUCACCUCAGAUCAUAUGUCACACCAUCUUACUUCAUGGUCUUCUCUCUUAAAGCUGAUUCAUGACCGGUGGAGGACACAGAGAGGAGAGGACACAGAGAGGAGAGGACACAGAGAGGAGAGGACACAGAGAGGAGAGGACACAGAGAAGAGAGGACACAGAGGAGAGAGGACACAGAGGAGAGAGGACACAGAGGAGAGAGGACACAGAGGAGAGAGGACACAGAGGGGAGAGGACACAGAGGAGAGGACACAGAGGAGAGGACACAGAGAGGAGAGGACACAGAGAGGAGAGAGGACACAGAGAGGAGAGGACACAAUAGAACGACAACAUUUCAUUUGUAUUGGCACAUAUUUUGUAGAUGUGUUUGAAUAUUGCAGCCAGAAAAGCACUGAAAUCCAGAUAAAGUCCAGAGGGGGUAAAGAAACGAUUAUAUUGGUGAACGUUCUUCCGGUGUUGUCUAAAAAGGGGGUUUGCAUGCAACAUGGCAACCCAUUUCCCUCUAGACAUACUACACGUCACGACUGCUCAGAUCUGGCAACCGUCUUCUUAACGCCUCGGGAACACAGUGAGGGCUCGGGAUUUAAAAUGGGGGAUGUCGUCCAAACAUGGCAACCCAUUGCGGCACUUUCAGUAAAACCUUAUUUUGGGGAGGCGGAUAGAGAGAGAAGGGGGGGGGGGGGGUUGCCUGAGCAUUUUUCUACUCUACAUGUUUAAAUAACUGGGUCUUAAAUGGAGGGAUAAUGCCCCCAAAUCUGGCAACCGCUCUUCCGUUUGCCUAGAAGACCAAUUAGUGUAGGAACCAAAGUACUAACGAGCACACGCUUUGUUUACGUCUUCCACGCCAUGUGUGUGUGUAGUUGAACAGCACGGCUUAUUAUUAUUAUUAUUAUUAUUUUUAUUAAAAGUUAAUAUUGUUUUUUGGGGGUUUUUUUUGGUGCAAUAAUAGGAACAAAUAAAAAAAGGGAUUCGAACCUCCGGCGUGAGUUAAUUAAGUCGUCCGCUGGUGUUACCGGGCGGAGGUGUGUGUUCACUCAUGCACGCUGACAUCAGGUGUGUGUGUGUGUGUGUUAUAUUCCAUCCUUAGCUAUGUAUCUUUUUGAGGUGGAGGGUUUUUUUGGGUGGGGGGGGGAUCGAUAUUAAAUGUAUUACGUUCCUGCCAAUGAAGCAGCAACACUGUGGGGGGGGGGGGGGGGGUGCUUUUAUUUUGUAGUAAUUCAACCGGAAAUGAGUGAACCAAAAAAAACAAUUUAAAAUAACCAAAUCCAGUUAAUUCUAAAUAAACUAAAUGUAUUUAGUUCUGAAGGUCAAAUGAAAGACGUCCACGGACUCUGAGGCGCCCCACCUGCUCUGCUGGUCCCCAGUCCUCCCACUGCAGGCCUGCUGCUGGUUCCCAGUCCUCCCACUGCAGGCCUGCUGCUGGUUCCCAGUCCUCCCACUGCAGGCCUUGUCCUGAGACAGAAACACUGUAUUAAAACCACUAAUGAACAAAAUAUACUAAUUAUGUUUGUAAAAAAAAAGACGAAUAUGGAAUAAAAGAAUAAAAACUG